AGGCCCGGUACCCGUGCUGGUGAUGAGUUUGCUGUUCAUCGCGUCGGUCUUCAUGCUGCACAUCUGGGGGAAGUACACCCGCUCCUAAACCCCGCCCCAUGACCCUUCACCCUCAAUCCCUGACCCUGCGGCGCAGCUUCUUAACACAUCAGACCUGGACCAAACAACCAACCUGAAUCCCCAACCACGGGACAGCCCCGAUCUGUCUGCUGUUCUCUGAGCAGCAGUCUAGUGUCCAACUCCAACUGAACUGCAGACCACCAGUGUGUUGACCCUGAGCACAGAUCAUGUAGGACUGAAUCCUGAGACUCAUCUCCUACUGGCUGCUGUAGGUCCUGUUGAUGAGUGAUUCAUCUCCAGUAAGGAUCGGGCACCUAGUCCCCUCAUCAGGACUUCAGUAAGCWUCUAGAUUUUUCAGCCUGAAUUGGAACCUGUAGAUGUUUUGGUAACAUCAUUUGGACAACAUUUUAUUGUGAUAUUGUACAAUAAAUGGACUCAAACAGAA